GCGAACUCCUCUCUCUGCUCCUGCCCUCUCAACCUCAGCACUCCGACACGAGUCGCACAGCGCAUCGCCAGCCAGCUUAUUGCGCACUCGCAGCGAUCACUUUGUUGUGCUCAGCUGUUUUCAUCCUCUUACGCGACCGAGCGCCUUCGUCUGCACCACCAACGUGCCUCAUCGCCGCUGUCUACAUCUACCAUCGCGCUGCGCGCAUCGGCUCGACUUUUAUCUGUUGUAAUCUCGGUUUAAUACGUUGAAAAUGGUCUCGCGACGCGUGCUCCCCGCGGAGAGGAACCCUCUCGUCGCGCCGGAAAAUUCGCCCUCCCUCGAGAUCCUCGUCGAGCGGCGACGACUGGGCCAGACGCAGCUCAACAUUAAGAUUCCCAAUGUGAGCAACGUCAAGGGCGCGGACAAAGGCACGUUCGACUACGCGCAUCUGCGGGUACCCUUACCCAAGGACCUGAGUGGAUCCGAGAUCUUUGCGCUCAAGAACACGGCCUCGUAUCCGGAAUCGUACUUUUUGAUGCGACGGAGUAGCGACGGCUACAUCAGCGCAACGGGCAUGUUCAAGGCUGCCUUCCCUUGGGCGUUGCUCAAGGAAGAAGAGGCCGAGCGCGCCCACCACAAGAAGUUUGAAUCCGCGGGCCAGGAGGAGGUCGCGGGCAGUGUGUGGCUUGCGCCCGAAGAAGCACUGGCUCUUUCAGAGGAAUACGGCAUGCGCCGCUGGAUAGACGCGCUCCUCGACCCCACUCCCAUCGAGAAGGGCAACAAGGAUAAGCACACCACGCACAUCCAGAUGCCGCCCCGCUUCGAUCCGAGCGCAGCCUCCGCGUCGUUAGACGCCCCCAAGCUCCGCGCCUCUACACGCGCACGGUCAACGCGCUCAGCGUCUCCCAGCAAAAUGGCAACCCCGAGCCGCAAGAUCGCCACCCCGCGCAAGCCGCGCGCCAAGAAGGCAACGGAAAUGGUACAGACCGAGGAAAUGGAGAUUGUCGAGACGGUCACAGGCGCGCCAGCCAGCGCCCUGCAAAACGCCAUCGAAGACGGAACGGCCGAGUCGGCGCCUGCCGAUGGCGAGGCUCAGCACCAGGAGACGGUGCGCAUCGAAGUGCAGGAGACGAUCGAGCACGACGGCGAUGUGGAAACGAAGACCACCAACGUCAAGGUCGAUGUACCAGCUGACCACCCCGAGCUCCAGGAACCUGAGGACCCCGCCGAACUCAUCAAGCAAGCGCGGGCCAUGGUCGAGGAGGCAAACAAGCUCGAUGGCGACGCGACCAAAGGUGCCGCAUCCAAGCGCAAGGCAGAGGACCUGGCCGAGGACGAUGCGGCUGCGCGACCGCAGCGCCCGGCAAAGCUCGCAAGGAUGCACUCCACGAUAGAGCAAAAGCACGCGAAGGAGAAGGUUACUCGUCGGGCACUCGUCGGUGUCGCCGUCAUGGGGGCCAUUACGACCGCCGUCAGCUACUUCGCUGGUUUCGCCGCAUAGAAGCCCCUGCACGAGGAAAUACCUUCUACAGCAUCCACUUUUUCACAUCUCUGAUACCACCCUUUCUCGAUCUUGGUUCAUGUACGGGCGGAGCUUGGGGAUUUUUUUUUUGUUCGACGAGGCGUUUGGGAAGAACUGAGUCGAUGGCAUUGUCUUAUUUGCAUGCACCCUCACAUUCGCUCGCGAAACGGCUGCUGAGUAGAUAUUUAUAAUUCAUGUUCCCCGCCUGCAUUUUGCGCUCGUUUCAAACCCUCCCAAUGUAACACUUACGGAUGUAUUAUGAUCAUGGGAUGAUACAGCGGGACGGUGGAGGGUGUGCUUGUGUUAGGUAGCGUAAUGAGGCG